UUGGCUUCCACCAGUGAAUAGAGCAAAGGUAUUCUAAAAAUGCUGGUGGAGAAAAUGAAAAUAGGAAUAAACCCAACUCAUGUUUAUUGUUUAAUAUGAUAGAAGGUGGGAAGGGGCAGGCGAAAUGUGACAUGGAGCAGGUUAAGAGGUCCAGGAAGGUCAGGGUUCAAGACUUUCAAAGGUAUAAAGGGUGAGCCACUACAGGCCACAUCUGAGAGAUAACUGGAGCAAAGUUCACAGAAUUCACCAUGACCUUGAGGCUCAAUGUAGAGCCAAGGGCGGAUUCAACAUGCUAAGUAUCCCCAGGUGACAGACACUCAUAAACGGCCAUUCUGUAAGCUUGGCAUGCAUAAAACUCUCUAAUAGACCUUUGAUGUUGAUGUAAAAUACUUCAGAAGAUCUCAUUUUGUUACAUAGAUCCAUGGGAAUGAGUUUGGGAUUUUUCUGCUUUUUCAUCUUUACAUUUUCUCUUUGGCUAAAACACGGAAAUGCAAGAUGAUCCUUGAGAAUCAGACGUCCAGCACUGAUUUCAUUCUUCUGGGACUGUUCUCUUCCUCCCACACCAGCCUGGUCUUCUUCUCCUCCCUGUUCAUCAUUUUCAUCCUGACUGUCACAGAAAACGCCCUCCUGAUCUUCCUCAUCCACAGGGACUCCUGCCUCCACUCCCCAGUGUACUUCCUGCUCAGCCACCUCUCCUUCAUGGACAUCUUGCAUGUUUCCAACAUCGUCCUCAAAGUGAUCACCAACUUCCUGUCUGGCACCAGAACUAUCUCCUUUGCAGGCUGUGGAUUCCAGGUCUUCCUGUCCCUCACCCUGCUAGGUGGCGAGUGCCUUCUCCUGGCUGCCAUGUCCUAUGAUCGCUACGUGGCCAUCUGCCACCCCCUGCGCUAUGCCAUGCUCAUGAGUGACAGUGUCAGUGUGCUCCUGGCCACGGGGUCCUGGCUGGUGGGGAUCCUGAACUCCAUAGUCCACACAGCCUAUGUGCUCCACUUUCCCUUCUGUGAGCCUCGGGUGAUCGAUCACUAUUUCUGUGAGAUCCCUGCCUUGCUGAAGUUGUCCUGUGUGGACACGUCACACUAUGAACAAGGAGUUGAUGUAAGUGGCAUUAUUUUCCUGUUGAUCCCUUUCUCUAUGAUCUCUGUAUCUUAUGUCAAAAUUUUCCACACUGUCUUGCAAACCAAAUCCUCAGAGGCCCGGAGAAAGUCCUUUUCCACCUGUUCCUUCCACAUGGUUGUGGUUGUCAUGUACUAUGGCCCCUUUAUUUUCACAUACAUGAGACCCAAAUCCUACCACACUCCAGGCCAGGAUAAGUUCCUGGCGAUGUUCUACACCAUCCUCACACCCAGCCUCAAUCCUGUCAUCUACAGCUUCAGGAAUAAAGAUGUUCUGAAGGCCAUGAAAAAUAUACUGAAAAGUAAUUUUCAUCAUAAAAAUUAG